AUGGUCGAUAUGGAAUACCCAGACAGAAACAGAGGACGUAGCAAACUAUUCGGAUAUCCGAUUCAUACGCGCUGCUGGCUUCUGCUAGAGCGCGUUAUUGGACACCGCGAAGUGCAAUCCAAUCUGAGGAUAUUCGUUGGCGCGAUCGAGCAGUUUUGGAAGAGAAAGGAGCACCUUAAAGUCUGGGGGAAAGACGACGAGUACACUGACGAUGUCUCUGAUCGUUUCUCCCAUCCCUAUCUUGCUAUCAGUCGGAAGAACCUGAGAAUACACCAAACCGUUUCUGAUCCCUGGGAGAUUUAUGAUGAAGCCUACGAUUCCUUUAAAGUCAUUCUCCAGUGUUUCCGGCACAAUGACUACGUGCAGAAAGCUGGAGAACUGGCUAAUACGUACAAAGAUCCAUGGAUCAUCCCUGAAAUACGGAUGCUAAUCCAGCAAGCUAUUCAAGAUGAAAGCGAGUCUGCUCAUAUAGUAUCAAGAUGCGGUCAGACGGAGAGAUCUUUCGUAUCACUGCCAUCUGACAUCGUCCUGAUUAUCGUUGAAGCUCUCUAUGAUGAAAUCGGAAAUGAAAGGGCCAACAUCCAAGACACGAAGAACCUGCUCUUUGCAUUCCAAUGGCGGCUGCCGGAUGCCUACUGGCAGAGACGGUGUGACACAGAAUUGAUAUUUGAACUUGGUGAGCUGGUCAGACAAAAACGCCCGGCUAACCGGCAGCAUAUAUGUCUAGGGAUAGAGGAGUUGUUGCUGCAAGAGGGCUGGUAUGAUGCGAGCGGGUUGAAAAACCGCGCGCGUAUUUUGCAUCUCCUCUGGGGUAUCAAGCGCGAGUUCUUGGGUAUGCUUAACAAAGAAAAGAACACGAAAUAG